AUGUCGCACCCAACAGCUGUAACCAGCGCUAUGAGGACCAUACGCGCCCCUCAACGCCCGAUAUGUGACUUUCUCGUCCCGGCCCUCUUCUCCAACAGCAGCCGCAGCAGCCCUCGAUGGCUGUCAACGAGCAGCCGCCUGGCCGCAACCACAACCACCCCGCCAUCGCAACCGAAAGGCUCCAAGCCCAAGCGGAAGCCAUUAACAAAGGAGCAGCGCGACUUUCUCUCCUCUGCUCUCCGCGUAAACCAAGCCGGCGAGCUAGCCGCCGUGCGCAUCUACGCCGCGCAGACGCCCGUCGUCGUGACGCGACACCCGCACCUCCGCCCUCUGAUGGCGCACAUGCGCGAGCAGGAGGAAGGGCACCUGCGGACGUUCAACUCGCUGAUCGCGGCGCGGCGGGUGCGCCCGACGGCCAUGUACCCGAUCUGGUCGGCGGCGGCGACAACGCUGGGCUGGGCGACGGCCAUGAUGGGCCGCGAGGCCGCCAUGGCGUGCACUGAGGCCGUCGAGACCGAGAUUGGCGACCACUACAACGGGCAGAUCCGGACGCUGCUCGAGAUGGUAGCCGGCUGGGAGAGGGACGGCUACGAGGUCGGGGACGAGUUCAGGGACCUCAUCUCUACGCUCAGGCGCAUCAGAGAUGAAGAGCUCGAGCAUCUGGACCACGCCGUCGAGCACGAUGCCAAGCAGGCCGAGCCGCAUUGGUUGCUUACGGGUGUGAUUCGGUACGGCUGCCGUGGGGCAAUUUGGGUAAAUCUUGGCUUCCAUCAUACUCGAGAGAAGACGACGCUGCCAGAACUCCUGGGACCAGGAAAGCGGCCAGAGCUAUGA